GAUUAUUACAAGCGCGAUGGUGUAAUCAACGUUCCGCCGAGUGUGAGCGUCGCCGAGCUGCACGAGGCCUGUGACUACUUUCUCAUUCCCUUUGAUUCGACCACCGUUAAAUGUCACAAUCUGCGCGGACUGCUGCACGAAAUCAGCAACGAGGGCGCCAAGGAGCAAUUUGAGAAGUUCCUCGACGAGCAAAUACUGCCGGAGAUGGUCAAUGCGGCGAAACGGGGCGACCGAGAGUGUCACAUUGUGGUGCUGCUCGAUGAUGAUGUCGUCGACUGGGAUGAGGAGUAUCCACCGCAGACGGGCGAGGAGUACUCGCAAAUCAUCUACUCUACGCAGAUGUAUCGCUUCUUCAAGUACAUCGAGAAUCGAGAUGUGUCGAAGCAGGUGCUGAAGGAUCGCGGUUUGAAGAAGAUUCGCCUUGGAAUUGAAGGCUUUCCAACUCAUAAGGAGAAGAUUCGCAGGCGUACAGGGGACCGCCGACCAGAGGUGAUCUACAACUACAUCCAACGGCCCUUCAUUCGAAUGUCCUGGGAGAAGGAGGAGGCCAAGUCACGGCACGUCGACUUUCAGUGCGUCCGCUCCAAGUCGAUCACCAACCUGUCGCUGGACGGCGGCCUGGAGUCCAACUCCCUCGACUCGGAGACGGUCGCUCGAGUAGAUCUGGGCUCCUCCAAUGCGGUGCCCGCUAAUGCUGAUCAGGCAGCAGCGGCUGCGGCGGCUGAACGAGAGCGCGACCGAGAGGGCGCGGCGGCGGACAAUGGCGGCGGCGGCGGUGAUCAGCAGCAGCAGCAUCAGCCCCAGCAGCAGCUUCAGCAGCCACUCCCACUUCAGCAGCCCCAGCCAUUGGGAGGAGGGGAAGGGGAUGCCGCAGGCGUUGCCGGCAAUGCGGCCAGUGCGGCCAACCACUCUGCCAGUCCAUCAAAUCAGUCAAAUGAGAACAAUGACGGUGGCCCCCCCGCCGCCUCUGACUAG